AUGCUGAGACAGUGGGGGAGGAGCAUGAGUAUAAAACAGCAACAUGUGGCUCAGGGACUCAGUGUCAACGCUCACCUUUGCCUCCACAAUGAAGCUGUGCCCCCAGUCUGUCUGUCAGCUCGCCUUCCUGAGCCUCUGCUGUGUACUGAUCACCGUGAGGGAGUUGGACGGCUCAUUUGUCCCGGGAAGAUGCUUGUGUCCACAGACGCAAUCGGGCAUCAGAGGGCAACUGAAAGAGCUCUCAGUCUACCAAAAGAGCCCCAGCUGCGACAAGGUCACAGUCAUAGUGACAAUGAAGAGCAACAAUGAACAAGUGUGUCUGAGUCCAGAGGCACCGCUGGGCAAACAGCUGAUUCACUGCUGGAAUAGAGCUCAUAAGUUGGACCGCGAUGUGAAACUGUGCCUGAGGAGGCGGAGGAGAGGGAGAGGUGGCAAGCGCCAGCGGUCUCGACAGAGGAGCCGGGGCAACACCGCGAAAGUCUCAUCUUCCAACUCCCAGUAGACAAACCGCCUCCGUCAUCAAAGCUACCGCUUGGAGAGAAGUGUGUAUAUGCUGAUCGUCGGCUGGCCACCGCCGACAGAACCACGUUUUAUUUCUCUCACCCAGCUCAGACAUCAAGCUCCCCUGAAUUGCUGUCUGGGCUGUAUACCAAACUUUUCUAGGCCAGCAGCAGGGGGGAGGGGGGGCUUUUAUGUGUGCAAAUGACUUAUAUAAUGAUGAAAACUGUAAGCCCUGGAGGCUUGUCAUGAAUGGUAACAAUUUAAACUUUAUACUGUUACUCUAUGAAAUGGCAAACAUUUCUUUAUGUGUAGUUCUGUGUAGGCAGCUGGAAAAGAUAACUGAACACGUUGUUGGUUAUUUAUUUUUUUGUAUGAAUAUGAAUAUUUCUAAACAUUUUUUUUGUAAAUAAAUAUAGCUGAACAAUA